AUGACUCAGAGCUUCGACUUUGGCUCACUGAGGUGCAGUGUAACUUGUCAAAUGACUCAGAGCUUCGACUUCUGCUCACUGAGCUGCAGUGUAACUUGUCAAGUGACUCAGAGCUUCGACUUUGGCUCACUGAGCUGCAGGGUAACUUGUCAAGUGACUCAGAGCUUUGACUUCUGCUCACUGAGCUGCAGUGUAACUUGUCAAGUGACUCAGAGCUUCGACUUCGUCUCACUGAGCUGCAGUUUAACUUGUCAAGUGACUCAGAGCUUCGACUUCGGCUCACUGAGCUGCAGUGUAACUUGUCAAGUGACUCUGAGCUUCGACUUCGUUUCACUGAGCUGCAGUGUAAGUUGUCAAGUGACUCAGAGCUUCGACUUCGGCUCACUGAGCUGCAGUGUAACUUGUCAAGUGACUCAGAGCUUCGACUUCGUCUCACUGAGCUGUAGUGUAACUUGUCAAAAGACUCAGAGCUUCGUAUUCGGCUCACUGAGCUACAGUGUAACUAGUCAAAUGACUCAGAGCUUCGACUUCGGCUCACUGAGCUGCAGUGUAACUUGUCAAGUGACUCAGAGCUUCGACUUCGGCUCACUGAGCUGCAGUGUAACUUGUCAAAUGACUCAGAGCUUCGACCUCAGCUCACGGAGCUGCAGUGUAACUUGUCAAAAGACUCAGAGAUUCGACUUCGGCUCAUUGAGCUGCAGUGUAACUUGUCAAAUGACACAGAGUUUCGACUUCGUCUCACUGAGCUGCAGUGUAACUUGUCAAAUGACUCAGAGCUUCGACUUCGGCUCACUGAGCUACAGUGUAACUAGUCAAAUGACUCAGAGCUUCGACUUCGUCUAA